AUGGGCAAUGGGCACAACUUCUGGAUGCUCCCUGGGCGCCGCGGUUGCCUCAGCAACCCUCAGAGUUGCACAGUGUUUUGCAUGCAGAAGUCUGCGUGCACAUCAAUGAGUCGUGAUCACUUCCAGGAGCCAGGGGCAGUGUGGACUGCGAGUGGAGUCAUCCUUGCUGGAGGUAGGUCUUCCCUGGGCUACGAGAAUGACGUUUGGGUGUGGCAGCACUCGGGAGACUUCUGCAGCGUGCAGUGGCAGGGCACCUGGACGCAACUUACUCCACAGGCUGCUUGGUUCCCACGGCAUGGUCAUCGGUUGGUCGGCUUCGUAACCCCAGGCAGUGCGGACGUAGACACGGUCCUCCUGGUUGGGGGGUUUGGUGGAGAACCAGACAGUGGCGAAGUCAUUCGUGGCAAAGAGCCGGAUCCGGCUGAUCGCCCGAACCCCCGCAACGACAUCUGGUGCGGAAACAAGGAUCUCUCGAAUUGGGGCAAGUGGACGCAGAUAGCACCCACAGCUCCAUUCUCUGCCAGAGCGCAGUUUGCCGCCGUCAUUGCUCCCACGAUCUCUGACUUCUCCUUCGUGCUGUUUGGUGGCUAUGACGAUAAUGCACGUCUAGUGGUCGAUCAGUGGCAGUGGCCGGAGCCUUUGCACCGAGAUUUUCGAGCAUCACUGGAUGGUGUUUUGCACCGAGCGAUGCUGCAAGCGCGCACGGAUGCAUCUUCGGAGUGUCUUCCGCUCUGA